AUGAGCACAUCUAUAAAUAGUGGGUUUUUAGCACUUGUCGGGGGUUUUAUCGAUGCGGACGCAAAGAUGAAAGCCUUUGCUGAAACUUUCACAUCAGUUCCACCAAAAGACUUGUCUGAUAAAGUAUUCAAGUGGAUUCUUGAUUCUGUUUCUUUUGCCGUUGGAAUAGGAUCUGCAUUCGCGUGGAAUGUUUGGAUAAAAAAGGCAGCUGUAUUCACAGAUGAUGAUUAUCGAAGUGCAUGGAAAGAUGUGUUCAACGCUGCCGUUGCAUACUCAAUCAUUUUCAGCAAAGAUGGUGCGGUCCCUGCAAAGACCGCCGCUGAUCUUGUUCCAAUUCUGGCACAGGCUGCAAACGGAGUUUUUCAAGCAGUAGGCAACAGUCAAGCACGCUUCUUAGAGGACACAAUUAGGGCGCUUCACAAGGAAAAUCAAACAGCACUAACUAACAUGAUUUCGGACGGAGCCAUGCUGCAGCUUGCUUCGAAUCAUCAAGCUGCCUGGCAGGAGAUUCAACAAGUCGUGUCUCAAAUGUACUAUGGAUGGAUGAUCCCACUUGCAUGGGCGUUGUCGCAAGAAAAGCAGAGACCUUUUGUGUUGCGCGUGGAUCGUGAACAAUACAGAUGUGGUUACGAGGUCAACGAUGAUGUAUAUACCAAAGGUUUCAAUUUGGGCCACUAUAUGUCCAGGGAAACGGCGAAAAAGACUCAGUGGUGCGAUAAAGAUGGCAAUGCCUGGUUCUUGCUCAAUGCCAAAUAUCCCAGUGAUUGUCGAAAGCAUCCGAUGCGAUUUGGAUGCUCCGAACCGAAAUAUUACAAGUUCACACCUUUGGCCGGUGGUGACACGGAGACGUUGGAUGGGAAAAACUGGGGAGGCAUCAGAAUCCAGGACAUUAUUAGAAGUAGCUAUGGUGCAUUUCUCGCAAAUGACCGUAAGAAUGGUUACUCCUUCUCCUUGGAUACUAGUGUUGUGCUCACUGGUGAUGGGCAAGCCGUUGAAGCCAGACCGUUCCCUUUGUUUGACGGCAUCACAACUCCCGUCAACCCACCGGAAAAUGAGCUCGGUUACACGCAUGGCUGGUGUGGGCUACAUAUAACGCAGUGGUCCAUGGGAACGGAGUCUCAUGGCUCAAACCCCUUUGGCGAUAAGUGGCAGCUUGCGGUAGCGAUCAAAGACUCCACGGGAAAAAUAAUUGACCAGGCCACAAAACAGCCUGUUGAUUCCUCUUUCAUCAUCAAGAGCAAACUGCCGCACGAACUCGCCGUAUCCAUUGGCAGCGAUAACCUGAAGGCGACACAAAGGCUCUGCUUCUGGUAUUCCGAUCAAUACUGGUGUACGGAAGGGGCAAAAUCUACCAAUGACAAGUGCAAAUUGGGUAAAUUUGAGGGUGGCAAGCGCGAGAUCGACUGCGGUUUCGCAUGCCCUCAUCCUCGUCAGGGUACUGCCUCAACUCCGCAAGUGGACGCCACAAAAAAAGCUCCAAUAGCCUUCAUGGGUAGCGGUGACGAGGACCCUGAAAUCAUAGGGACCACCAAGGAUUAUAACCCGGGAUGGUGUGGCGUCCACAUCCGCCAGGAUCAGAAGAAUGAGAAAGAUAAUGCUCAGAACCCGAGUUCCGAUUACGCUCUUGAAGUCACCGUUUACGACGCUAAACAGAAGAUGAUCGAUUACCUAGACAAGACAUAUACUUCAAAGGACAUGCACCUGCAUGCUCAAGGCCCACUCCCAUACAAAUUGGUGCUAUGGACAGGUGCUGUUGAUGAUGAUCCUGUCCACAUGGCGUAUGGUAAGCAGGAGUGGGACUCAAAGAACAAGGUCACUUAUCAUUGCAAACAGGGUAAAUAUGAUGGUGGAAUGCGCGAUAUUGACUGCGGAUUUACGUGCUAG